AAUUAUGUCAACGUCAAGUAACCGUCAAACUGGUAAAUAAGUAAACGAAUUGGAUUUAUUGUUUGAACGAUAAUUUAAUCUCGAUUUGUUUAUUAAAAGUAAGAGAUAAAUACAAAAUAUUUAAUUAGUAGUAAAAUACCAGAAAGAUAAAAUGACGGCUAAUAACGAAUAUCCGAAAGCAUCAAAUGCUACUUUGAUUGGUGCGAGUAUAACGUAUAUAGGCGGGCUGUUUCUACUUCUAUCAUUUGCCGGGCCGUAUUGGAUUGAAUCGUAUUCCGAAAUGUUUUCGCCUUUCAAACAUAUGGGGCUAUGGGAGUAUUGUUUCGAUCGUUUCAGAUUUCCUUCAUUUCAAUAUAAUAAGUUGUUCCAUGGCUGCCACUACAUUUUCAGUGAGGAGUACUAUGUGAUCAGAGAGUGGCUCUUGCCAGGUUGGUUGAUGGCAGUCCAGGCAUUUGUAACAUUGGCAUUGAUAUUGUCUCUGACUGCACAAGUGCUACUGGCAUGUGUGAUUGUGCGCUGGCCGCUAAGAACUGUUCUAUGUUAUGAGUGGAUAUUUGUAUCAUCUGCAUUUGUGAUGGUGGCAACUUCUAGUGCAUUUUUAUUCCUGGGAGUUGCCAUAUUUGGUGGGAAUUGUUAUCGCCGCAGCUGGUUGCUGUAUCCAUCAUUCAAUGUGCUGUCCUGGUCUUAUGCAUUUGCUGUUAUUGCAUUUAUAUUGUUUGGUCUUGCCGCUAUUCUCCUGUUCUUGGAGGCACGGAAGCUAUAUGAGUUACGUUUGGAGGCAAAGAACUUGGUGGCCCAGAUGCAGCACAGCCAGCCGGAGCAUGCGCUGCAUCAGCUGCGGGACCAGCUGCAGCAACAACAGCUUCAACAGCAGCAGCAGCUGACUUACUACAGACAUUAAGGUCUUUUUUCAAAGAUUUUUAUCAUAUAAAGGUCAUUAGACGGUAUAUGAACGAAACUGUUGGUAUAAGAUGUACCAUAUUAAAUUUUCCGUGUGUACUUUCUCAUAUUUGAAGAAAUCUCCUUAUAAUGUUUGCUCUAUUUGAAUCUCUUUGGUUGAUUAUAUUUUUUACUGUCUAUUAGAAUUUAUUGUACUUUAUGUACACUGAUGUGUGUUGUUUAAUGGAUUUGAUUAUUUUUACCUACUUUAUUGAUAUUAAGGAUUUGUAUCUAUUAUGUGAAUACUAUUGCGAUUUAAUUUUUGACCAACUUUCCAAAAGAAGGAGGUACUCCAUUCGUCUACUUUUUUUAUUAUUUUCUUAUUCAUCGACAAGCAAAUGUCUAGUUGUAUCUAUUUACAGUACAUUUAUGUUUAUAGUUGAAUUCAAUAGAAAUGAGAAAUUAUUAAACUAUGUAAAGGAUUUUACUUUUUUAAGGCUGUCAACACAGAAUUAAUAACAGGUUGUAUCAUCAAUUUAAACACUGAAAUUUAGCAUUUAUUAACAUUUGAGUAAAAUAUAUUGCAAUUCAUUGUCUUUAAAACACAACUGCUUACUCAAUAUUAAACAAACCUUUUUCUAUAUUUUUCAAUUGAAUUUACAAAAUUAUAAUGUACUUUGAGAACAAACAUGUUUAUGCAUUAAAAAUUAUAAUAAGUCUUGAGCACGUAAUUGUCACAUUAGUAAUGAAUUAACAAAAAAUUAAGUAAGAAUCUUUUAAUGUUUUAUGACCUACAUUGGGACCACUUGUCAACUUUCAGUAAAUGAGGUAUUAAAUAUUUUACUUCAAGUGAAACUUACACAAAUAAGAUAAAUAAAAAAAUAUUUAUCUAAAUUUACUUUUUA